AUGUGCAAAUCCAAAAUGUCAGUCGACGCCGCCCAGCCAGUCUCCACCCCUCGCCGGACCCCACGCACCCAUCAAUCCACCCACCCAACUUCCGCCGCCUCCUCCUCCUUCGAACAGCCUUCCACCUCCAACACCCACAGCGGCGGCCACAACACCUCCAUCACAAGUUACAAGCUCUCUUCCUCCACUUCCUCCUCCACCUCCUUCUCCAACCUCAAAGACUCCCUCCCCGUCCCCGAAAACCCCAUCCUCUACGACUUCUCCGAACUCUGCGCCGCCACCAACAACUUCCUCUCCAAACGCCUAACCGACACCUCCACCCCCUCCUGGCGCUGCAAACUCCGCGGAAAAGACGCCGUCGUUUUCCAGCGCAAGUUCCGCGUCAAGCUCUCCGCCGCCGAACUCAAAAACCGACUCUCCACCCUCUGCCGCAGCCACCACACCUCCAUCAUCAAGCUCCUCGGCGCGUGCAUCUCAACCGACCAUACAUUCCUCGUCUACGAAUUCGUCCACGGCGCCAGCCUGGCAGCCUGCCUGCGGAACCCCAAUAACCCGAAUUUCACGGUCCUGUCCACGUGGACCUCACGUAUGCAGAUCGCCACCGAUCUCGCUCAGGGCUUGGACUACAUCCACAACAACACCGGCCUCAACGUCAAUUUGGUCCAUAACCACAUCACAAGCGGCAGCGUUUUGGUCACCGAACCGCACUACAACGGCCUCAUCUGCCAUUUCGGGGCCGCCCAAUUGUGCGGCGAGACCGAUUCCUACACCCUCCAAAACUCUAAUCCCAGACCGGGAGACCAAAUCGAAGGCCCCACGUCGAGAUUGAGCCGAUCCGACAGCCGGAAAAACCAGUUCGAAGGCGUGAGAGGGUACAUGUCGCCGGAAUUCCGGACCACCGGCGCGGCGACCCAGAAGUCCGACGUGUAUGCAUUCGGGAUCGUAAUCUUGGAGCUUUUGUCGGCUCAGGAGCCGUUCAAGUACAAGUUCGAUAAAACUCGGGGCGAUUUUAUCAGAACCUCGGUGGUCGACUCGGCGCAGGCGGCGGUUCUCCGCGGAGGUCUGAGGACUUGGGUGGAUAACAGGCUCAAGGACUCGUUUCCCGUGGAGGUGGCUGAGAAAUUGACACGUUUGGCAUUGGAGUGCGUACACGUGGACCCUGAUCAACGGCCCAGCAUGGAACGCGUGUCGGGGAAGAUCUCCAAGCUGUAUUUGGAGUCGAAGUUUUGGUCCGACAAUGUGAGAGUUCCGGCGGGGAUUUCGGUCUCACUUGCCCCGAGAUAAAACGCUGUCGUUUUGGUGGAAGAACAAUAUUCUAAUUCUGUACUUUUGUAAUUAGGAAAUAGGGAAUUUGAGAGCGACAUAAGUGAUUAUUUUGAACAUUUAAACGAUGAAUUUCAGUGAUUUGAUAACGAUA